AUUAUUACAUUUCAUUUUUUAACUCAUCCGUACAGUGAAAUGUUAACUGAAAGGCUUAUCUGAAUAAUAUUGAUAAGGAACUAACUCGAAAUAACAAAUCUUUUUUAGGAAAUAGAAAACAGAAAUGUCAAAUUCCACAAGAAAGGACGGAAGGAAAGCGAAAGAUGCAGGAGAUCAAUUUAAAGGCCGUUGGCGAAAUAAAAAACAGGAUAUGGAUGAUACGAAACAAAAAGAACUUGAAAGGAACGUUCCACGCAGCUCACAUCGCAAGGAUGGCGAGACGAAGAUGGAUAAUGACGUUCAUGGGUCUCCGUCGACAGCAAACAAAAUUGAGAAAAAACAAGGCAAAAAGCGCCCUGCUAAUCAGUGUUCAUAUGCCCACUAUACAAAUUCUGAGUCUAGAUCCAAUGAUUGGCAUUCAACCCCAAGGCAUGCACAGGCGCAAGAGCUGUUACUUAGACAGACAGAAGCUAGUAAGCAGAUGCUGUAUGGAGUGUUUGGGAACGUCAUCACUAUUUUAGAGGAGCACGAAAAACGCACUUCGGCUAUUGGCAAAAGAAAAAUGAAACAAUCAGACAUCGCCAUUCCGGACCAGUCAUGGAAGACAAAUGCAGAUGUUAAAGCCAACUUGGAGACGCAAUUAUUACUCUUCCAAACUCAGAGUAAAGCUUGUCCUGAAAAAGUAAAACUUUCUGUCAAUCGUGAACUGAGACGAAAAACUAUUGCAUGGUUUGGAGUCAGGGAGGAGUCAAAUAUCGACCUCGACGAAACAGACAUAUAUGCUUGCAGGCUGUAUGAAAUUCUUGUCCAAGGAGCAACCAAACAUGAGAUCUUAGACAGGCCUAGGACUCAGGUAACAGAGAAAACUAUACGCGAGACUUUGCCUAAAAUUUUCAAAGGCAAAAACGAUGCGCGUGAGCUUGACGAUUCUUUCAAAAAGGACACACACAAGAAGGCAGAAGCACCUAAAACGCGCCAAGCAGAAGUCGAUGAUGCGUAUUUGUUUGGUUUAUCCCGCAUCGAAAGGACAGAACCAAAGUUGAAACAAUUCGUGGACAUUGAUAGGUCAUCUCUUCAACACGAGGGACCAGACAGCAUUCUGUAAUUAAAAUAACAAUCAACCUUGAACAUUGAUAAUACAUAGUUUAGCUAUCUUAUUGAUGUUGAAAUUAUGUCUUUGGUUCAACGGUGAUAGUAUUCAAUUCAUGGUAAUUAAAGCUCCCGACCAAAUUAAGUCCUAGUAUAUCCUAGUUCUUACCUCCUAACGAAGACAGACUCCAACAGCAUAAUAUCGCAUUAUAAAAAAGACGAUAAACGUGCCAGGGAUUGUCCUGUUUAAGGACUUAGAAGUUUAAAUCAAAUCAAUGUUAUGGACAUUAUGGCUGUAAACUACAAGAGUUCAUGUAUAAUGAGGCAAAACAUUUAUAAAAGCAUUUUUUUUUAAAUCCUGAACAUUACAAAACCUUAUGUUAUCAUGUUGAUUCCAUUCUCUUAAUGCUAUUGUGCAAACUACUACUGAAUAUAUAUGCUUAUUUGUGCACCUUAAGUAAUUGAUAUGUCAUGCUUUACUUUUCUGUUUUGUAUUUUAUAAUUGCUAUUUUUGAAGACCCGUUUUGGGGGUUGCAUACUUUGAAUUAUGAAAUGAUUUCUAUUAAAUAUAUAUAACAUAUAAAGCACAUAUGUGACUUUUUCAACAAUAAUGAGGUAUACAGAGGUAAAAGUGACAUAGUCAUUUUUGCAAAUUGCACUUUUUUGUAUGCCGAAACCAAAUAUUGCAAACCUUUGGGAAUGUUAAAACUAAGUUACCGAAAGCUGAAAAUCAUCAACAAUGAUGAAAUAAGUCUUUCAGAUGCAAUCCUGUGAAAAUGGCCCAAAAAUGAGCGAGUAACUUUAAGUCAUGUCAAAUAUAGUUUAUUUUCUUCAAGUUUUUAACAUGCAAGCUCGACGCUGAUAUUGUUUAUAUAAUAGACACUUUUUUUCAUGCUUCAAAGUAGUUUAUGCUUUCUAAGGGUCUCUUCAAAAAGCCAUUGCUUUACAGUCAAUUAUCAGAACAAUAAAUUAUAUACAUUA